AUGCUCAAAAAGUUAUUGUCUUUCACUUGCGAAAGGAAAAAUGCGAAAAGGGAUCGACUUGAAUCGGCACGACCAGAAUUAUCAGAAGAUACCAUUAUUGUCGAGGUGAGAAAUGUUAAAAAAUAUAAAUAUAAAAAGUGAAUGUUUUUUGAAACUAAUAAAUGAAACGUGACCUUAUUGACCAAUUUUUUGGAAACAUUAUUUUGCUCACUCAUUUUUUAUAUUUGACACGGUAGUAUCAGACUGGCUACUAGAAACAACUAAAAUGCCAACUCCACUGAAAAAAUGUAUAAAAUAUUUCAAGGCUAAACUGAAUUUGAAUGUCGACAAUAACAAAGAAGAGGAAAAGAAGGAGGAAAAUCAAAAUGAAAUGUGUUCAAGUGAAUCGAGAAGUAACGAUAUUGAAUUAAUUGAUCGAUUGAAUAUGACCGAGGUAACUAAAUGAAAACUUCGAAAAAACAAAUAAAUCAUAUCAUUUUUGCAGGUUUUCUUUACUCCGAAUUAUUAUAAGAGAAGACAACCUGAAGUUUUUGGUGGAUCUUUACGACAUGGACGUAUCAGGUAAUCAAAUAAUUUGUUCAUAAUUUUCUAAUUUCUUCAUAUUUUUCCAGAAGAGUCGAUUCAAAAGGCCGAAGAAGCAGACUUGUGCAAAUUGAACCAACAAAUUCAGUUUCGCCACAACAAUGUAAGUUUGACAAAUAA